AAUCCUGCAACAGCACGGUCUUGUUUUCAACAGACUUGUUGGGGAAAAAAAUGCUGUAUCAUAGCUUUACAAAAGCUCUGGGUUCCUGGCUCAGAAGUAUAAAAUAAGGCUAGAACAUGCACCUCAGCAUGUUCUCACCACAGCUCCCUGGAGAAACAAAGAACAAGAUGUGGAACGUCAGUGAAGUUGCCUUGCAGCUCCCAACUUCCAGGGCUUCAGACCGGCUUCUCCAGCCACUGUGGGACUACCUGGUGUUCCACCAUUACUCCCUGGUCUCCUCACCUUUCUUCCCAGUCAUGCUUGCCUUCUCCAGCUACUUCAUCUUCAGCUGUCCCUUUGCCAUUCUGGACCUCUUGGGAGAGCAGGCUCCUGCCUUCUACAGCUACAAGAUCCAGAAGGAGAGGCGACCUACCGUCAGCAUGAUGAUGAGGAGCCUGGGCAUGGCGGUGUACAACCACCUGGUCUACGUGGUUCCAAUCGUCCUGAUCAACAGUGCGGUGAUGCCAGCUCCUCAGCUGCCUGCUAUUGCUCCGACAGUGUGGGAGCUUUUCUCUGGGGGGCUUGGUGCCUUGCUUAUCUUUGAUACCCAGUACUUCUUCUGGCACAUGGCUCACCACAAGAACGGCCACCUGUAUAAGUGGGUCCACGCCAUCCACCAUGACUACAUCUCACCCUUCUCCUGGUCCACUGAACACCUCAGUGCUGUGGAGCUGAUGACCAUGGGCUUCUGGAGCAACCUGGACCCUCUUCUUCUUCAGUGCCAUCCUCUGACAACGUGGACUAUGACCAUUUUCAGCAUCUGGUUGUCUGUUGAGGACCACAUUGGCUAUGACCUGCCCUGGGCCCCAAGCCGCCUGGUGCCAUUUGGACUGCUUGGAGGAGCACUAGCUCAUGACCUUCACCACCAGAAGCCCAGCAGCAACUUUGCACCUUUCUUCAGUCACUGGGACAGACUGUUUGGCACCUCCAACAAUGUGGUCAAAAAGACUGGGAAAAGCAUUUUGAAUUAA